AUGAAUCCAAUUAAGAGAAAUAGAUCAAAUAUAGAAAAUUGCCGCAAUUUUUUUGAAAAGCUGAAUCAGAAGGCAAAAGGGCUUUUAGAAUUGUCAAAAGAGGUUGAUAAUUUAUUAUAUGAAUACUCGCAAACUCUAGAAAUUCCUGAGGCAAGUUGCUUGCAUAAGAUUGAAUUUCGUCUUAAAAAAGAAUUCUCUGAAAUAGCUGAUAUAAAAGAAGCUAAUGAGCUCAGAUUAUUGGCUGAGUUGAGUCAUGAAGUAAAAGUAUCUUAUGCAGAUUGCACCAUUAUAUGGAAUGAGCUUUAUAUAAAGGUUAAUGAUUUUAUCCAUCAGCUCGAAUUUGAUUCUGAAUAUCUUUAUUUUAUUGAAAGAGGUGAAAAGUGAACUGAACUUUGAAUAUAAAGAGGAGCGCUACUUAUAUCUCUCAAUUGGAUAUGUCAAUUAUAUGAGUAGAUAUGGGAUGUCUCCCCUUGAAUAAUCAAACGGAUUGAUGAAUAUACGGAAUGGAAAUGGGCUUGACUGAUUACUUUUUAAACAGAGGAGAAUUGGGGCUAGAGUUGCGAAAAUCACUAUUAGAAAGCCAAAAGAGAUAGAUAUUAUAUGAUCCGUUUGACCUUUUACGGUACCAUAAAACUGGUCUACUGACCCCAACCAAUCUUCUAUUCUGAUUGGUUAACAGGUGAACGGUUGGGACUAGUAGACCAGUUUGCUGUCUCAAAAAAGGCCAAAUUAUCAUAUGAUACAGAAGAAUCCAUAAAAACAACAAGGCUAAUUGACACUCCAGAGUCUUUAUCCAAUAAAACUUGCGUUGUGCAGCUUCCAAACUCAGAGUUAUUUUGCUUUGGAAACGGCCCUUCUUCAGGGUUUUGCUGCAUAAUUGAUCUUGUGACUUGCAGAGUUAAGAAACAUUUACCUUAUGGUAGGCGUUCUGAGUGCCUUGGAGGAGUUUAUUAUAAAGGAUUUGUUUAUAUAUUUGGAGGAUGAGAAGCAAAAUUUGAUUUAAUUGAAAGCAGAUGAUUAAAAUCAGAAAGGCAUUUAGAAGCAUCUCCAGGGUGUUCUUGCGUAGUUUUUAAAGAGGCUAUAUUGAUUUGUGGUCCUUUUCAUAAUAAAGUCUAUAAAUAUGACUUAGCUAUUGAAAGCUACUCCGCACUGAAUUCGCCGAACUUGCGCUUAAUAGCAUCAAAACUGUUGUUCAGAGGGAAUUCAAGGAUUUAUCUAUUCCAAGAGCCAGGGACCGUGCUUGAGAGUGAUUAUGAAAAUGAAUACACUUGAAGCACGAUACGUACUGCUUAUAUUCAAUAUUAUGAAAGAGCAUCCUGAAAAAAGGUUGGAAACUCAGUGUUCAUUAGUCUUCUUAUUAAUCAAAGUAUGCUGUUGUUUAGGUUCGAUUUACUUAGUAAACAAAAAAAAUCUUGUUCGAUCACAGAGGGAGGUUAAUUUUUUAUUUUAUUUUUUUUCCAAAAUUAAAAAAAUUCUAAUUUGUAAAAAUUGAAACUAAAAUUAAUUUAAUUGUAAAAUUUAUGUUUUAAAACGCAAUUUGUUUAAAAAUUAAAAAAUUUAGUAAAGAUUUCAUUAUAUUAACUAUAAUCCUUUGCAUAAAUUUCAUUUUGCUUAAUUGAUUUUAAAAUGUCAAAAAAAUUUUAACAUACCAUAGACUCAGUUUUAUAUGUAAUGACAUGUCAAAAUUUUUUUGACAUUUUAAAAUCAAUUUACCAUAAAUAAGCAAAAUAAAAUAUUACCAAUACAUUAUAUCACUUAUAUAUCAAAUUUUUUUUAUAAAAAAUUUUUAUAUUAAAAAUGUUUUUGUUCACUCACUGAGGGGGUUUUAGGCAAAAAAUAGGGAUUUUUCCAAUGUUUUUGUUCGCUCACAGAGGGGGAGUUAGUAAAAUUUUGAAAAGCUUGACAAAUAA